AUGGCUUCUCAAUUACUACCCCUCGAACUCAUCGACAAAUGCGUUGGAUCGAGAAUCUGGGUUAUUAUGAAGGGCGAGAAGGAGUUUAGCGGCACACUCGUUGGAUUCGACGACUACGUCAACAUGGUUCUGGAGGAUGUCACGGAAUUCGACUACACUGGCAACCACACAAAGCUACCCAAGAUUCUGCUAAACGGCAACAAUAUCUGCAUGCUAAUCCCUGGUGGCGAGGGUCCGGGCGAGGCAUGA